AUGGCGUACGCGGCGGCGGCGACACCGGAGAAGAAGCUCAUGUUGAGGAGCUCCGACGGCGUGGAGUUUUUGGUGGAGGAGACGGUGGCUAUCGAGUCACAGACCAUCAAGCACAUGGUCGAGGAUGACUGCGCCAACAACAUCAUCCCCCUCCCCAACGUCAAAGCCGAGAUCCUUACCAUGGUCAUCAAGUACUGCAAGCAGCACGUCCAGAAGCGCGGAGCUGAACCCACAGACUCCACCGCCAAGGCCUCCGAGUGGGACCUCAAGACCUUCGACAAGGAGUUCGUCGAAGUCGAACAACGCGUCCUCUUCGACCUCAUCUUGGCUGCGAACUACCUGGACAUCAAGGGGCUGAUGGAUCUUACCUGCCAGAAGGUCGCUGUCAUGAUAAAGAAGAUGACUCCAGAGGAGAUCCGUAAGACCUUAAACAUCAAGAACGACCUCACCAAAGAGGAAGUGGAUGAACUCCGAAGGAAGAACCAGUGGGCCUUCGAAUGAAGGUCAAGGGGGUAUAACUAAAGAAACAACUAUCUCAUAAUGCAAAUGACCAGCAAGGAAGGAAACCCGGCUUUGUUGAUGCCUGAGAGCAGUCGUUAACCGUUUGUGCUUCAAAACUAUGCUAGUAUUAAGCCGUAAGUACAUUGGUCUGGUUCCAGUCGAUCUGGGAGGUUUACCAUUUGGCUGACUUCGUUAUUUUUAUGUUGGUGUAUUUUGCUACACUCUUGAACUUGGUUAUUAUGAGUUUGGUGCUGGUUGUUGGUUAUUUGGCAACUAAUGCUAGUUCUAGUAUAUCGUUUUGCAUGCCUAUGAUGCGUUGAGAUU